AUGUCUCAAACUCCCGACAGGAAUCUUCGUGUGUUUUUGAUGUUCCUUACUAUCUGUAUCUCAGUGGUCAUCUUCAUUCUCUCUGCUCGAGGGUGGAGAAUAUUGCGCGACGCCAGGGAAUACUUCGAAAGGGCAGUCCCCAAUGGAAUCGAACUAGACGCGUAUGAUCUUAUCGCCGUGACAGGCGCGCUAGUUGCGGUUGCUGGAUUUGCAUCCCUCAUCAGCUUGGCAUCUUCGGUAGUCGUCUGUGCGGGUUCUGCCGGAUUCAUCUCUGCAUUCAUGUUUCUCUUAACAGCCGUAGCCAUGCUAGGCGCCCUUGCCGUUGCUAUCGCCCUCACUGUCAUCAUAACCACUCACCAUCCGUAUAUCAACGCUUCACCUCUCAUCAAUCCAGGUCUCAUCUACAGACUGAUCAGCACGAGUCCAAUCACAGCUGAUUACACUGAAAUCAACGUCGUGACUGCUUACACACUCAUGAGUUGGUUCCUUUGGAUCAUCUUGAUCAUCAGCUUUGGGUUUGAGGCUAAAGCUCUACACGGAGCAAAUCAAAUGAAAGGAAUGCAAACGGGAUCGAAAAGAUCGGUGGUUGUACCUGCACAUCAAGGCCUAGGGGGGCACGCAGUAUAA